AUGACAAAAGGGAGGCACGUGGUGAUGUCUUGUUGUUGUUGGUGCUGCGACAACCUCGGCGGUGCCGGUUCUUCAAGUGCUGGUGCUGGGGGUGUUGUUACGGGUGCAUCUGGUGGAAGUGUUGUCGUUGGUAGUAACGCCAAUAACGGUGGUGGUGGUCUUGGUAUUGCUUCCGGUCUUUCUGCAAUGCUAUCACUGGUAGUCGUCACCGUUGCCAUCAGUACAGGAGAGUGGCUUCUGACGGAAGAGAAACUACCGAAAACUUCGUCGAAUGUUUCUGUGGAACCUGACAGCAAAGUGACGUAUAGCGGUCUGUGGAGAGUCUGCGUUGCCAUAAGCUCCCGCAUGGAAUACGAGUGUUCCAGCAUUGACUAUUUUCCAAACGAGGAGUACAGUCCGGAUCCCAGCGAUUCAACGAUGGCAAUACCAUAUGCAGUUACCAAGUCGGCAAUGUUCUUCUUCGCUGCAACAUCACUGCUGGUGGUGGCCGAAGUUUGUUACUUCACUGCUCACGUUACUCACCCGAGACACAGACUUUGCGUCUUUGUCGCCGGGGUAGUCUUCAUAGUUUCCGGUUUGUUAAUGUUGGUGGGAAUGGUGAUGUACAUAUCUGUGUUCAAAGCUGAAGUUGGUAGUAAACUUAGACCAAGGUCAUCGUUUCAGGGACCACCCUUCACCUACAGGUACGGAUUCUCAUUUUUGCUGUACGUGAGUGGCUUCAUCACGACCGAGGUCGCUGGCACUUAUGCCAUUUUCUUGUAUAUUUCUUGGCACCAAAAAGAACUGGUACGGAGAGAUUCCAGGCGAAAAAAUUACGGGGGUGUGUACCACUUAGACAAUCACCACGUGCACCAUGCGAAUCACGCGACCAUAGGUCACAGCGGUUUCCUCUGCGAGAGGCAUCAGAAGAGAUACUUCUUCGGCAGGGAUUCCGUGGAUCACGUCGACUUCGACGAAUUCUUGCCGCCGCCGCCGAAUUUGGAUUACCACGAUUAUUCCAGACAGUUUCCCAGAGAUCUCACCACGCAGACGGUUAGUACAACAGCGGAUGUUUUACAAGAAGAGGAAGAGGAAUACAGUCCAAGUGUACAGCACGAAUUCGUGACUUUUGAUUUGGACGAACCGUUGCCGCCACCGCCGCCAGUUAGGGGUAGCGAAUGGACCUUCGAUACACUGAGGAAAACUACUCCCGUCUGAUAUACCGUCAGAUACGCGAGGCUGGUGCAAAGCGUUGAAAGCGACGACGAGGACGAAGCGGAAACCGAGG